AUGGAAGUGAAGCUGCAGAGUGAAGCUGCAGAUGAAAGUUUGUUCAGAAAAAUUGUAGGCGGCCUGUUGUAUCUCACUGCAACCAGGCCAGAUAUAAUGUUCUCUGCCUGCCUGCUUGCAAGAUUCAUGCACAACCCUUCUAAGAUGCACUAUGGGGCAGCUAAAAGGGUUCUAAGGUACAUACAAGGCACGAUUGAUUAUGGAAUUGAGUAUGUGACUGGAAAAUCUGCACUCUUAGUAUGUUACUGUGACAGUGACUGGAGUGGAUCUGAGGAAGAUAUGAAAAGCACUUCUGGAUAUGCGUUUUCAUUUGGAAGUGGUGCUUUUUCGUGGGCAUCAGUCAAACAACACAGUGUGGCUCUUUCUACUGCAGAGGCAGAGUAUGUGAGUGCAGCAGAAGCUACAUCACAAGCGAUUUGGCUCAGGUUUGUUCUUGAAGAUUUUGGGGAAGAACAGACCACUGCAACAACUGUGUUUUGUGACAACACUUCAGCCAUAGCAAUGGCUAAAAACCCAGUUUUUCAUUAA